UUCUGCUUCCCCGGUGCCGAAUGAAGCAGGGAGCAGCAGGAUUAGAGUCUGCCACCGGCUAUCAGAGGAGCCUAGAUAAAAGGAACUGCUUCUUAAGCGCCACUGCAGCAGCCCUGGUUAAUUUUUUUUUUCUUUCCUUUCCACACAACAGUUGUGCCUCAUUACCCGGUGCCUGGCUCGGAUUUUUUUUUUCUUUUUGGUGGAGGUUUUGAAGUUUCUUCAGUGACUGUUGCAGAAGAAGAGGUGUUAGUGCUGCGGUGAAGUCCUGCUUGUCUGCUUUUAUGAAUGAAACUGACCUAGGUCACCUGUUACCUCCAGUUUUCAGAUUGUUUGAACUUCUCCGGCUGCACAACACAGGAGGGAAGCCUGAAGCAGCACCCGGACCUGCUGCGCCUGCAGCAUGGGCUGGCUCACCGGGAUCGCCUGUCUUUUCUGGGGAGUGUUACUAACAGCCAGAGCCAACUAUCAGAAUGGGAAGAGCAAUGUGCCAAGGCUGAAAUUAUCCUACAAAGAAAUGCUGGAAUCCAACAAUGUGAUCACUUUCAAUGGCUUGGCCAACAGCUCCAGUUACCAUACCUUCCUUCUGGAUGAGGAACGGAGCCGGCUGUAUGUUGGAGCAAAGGAUCACAUAUUUUCAUUCAACCUGGUUAAUAUCAAGGAUUUUCAAAAGAUUGUGUGGCCAGUAUCUUACACCAGAAGGGAUGAGUGCAAGUGGGCUGGAAAAGAUAUUCUGAAAGAAUGUGCGAAUUUCAUCAAGGUGCUUAAAGCUUAUAAUCAGACUCACUUGUACGCCUGUGGAACGGGAGCUUUUCAUCCGAUUUGCACCUACAUUGAAAUUGGACAUCAUCCUGAGGACAACAUUUUUAAGCUGGAAGAUUCACACUUUGAAAAUGGACGUGGGAAGAGUCCAUAUGACCCUAAACUGCUGACAGCAUCUCUUUUAAUAGAUGGAGAGUUAUACUCCGGAACGGCAGCUGAUUUCAUGGGCCGGGACUUUGCUAUCUUCCGGACUCUUGGGCACCACCACCCAAUCAGGACAGAGCAGCAUGAUUCCAGGUGGCUCAAUGAUCCAAGGUUCAUUAGUGCCCACCUCAUCCCAGAGAGUGACAACCCUGAAGAUGACAAAGUAUAUUUUUUCUUCCGUGAAAAUGCGAUAGACGGAGAACACACUGGAAAAGCCACUCAUGCUAGAAUAGGUCAGAUAUGCAAGAAUGACUUCGGGGGGCACAGAAGUCUGGUGAAUAAAUGGACGACAUUCCUCAAAGCUCGUCUGAUUUGCUCGGUUAACAUCUUCAAGGGGUCAGCUGUGUGUAUGUAUAGCAUGAGUGAUGUGAGAAGGGUAUUCCUUGGUCCAUACGCUCACAGGGAUGGUCCCAACUAUCAGUGGGUGCCUUAUCAAGGACGAGUCCCCUACCCACGACCAGGAACUUGUCCCAGCAAAACAUUUGGUGGAUUUGACUCUACCAAAGACCUUCCUGACGAUGUUAUAACAUUUGCAAGAAGUCAUCCAGCCAUGUACAAUCCAGUGUUUCCUAUUAAUAACCGCCCAGUAAUGGUCAAAACAGAUGUAAAUUAUCAGUUUACACAAAUUGUAGUGGAUCGAGUGGAUGCAGAAGAUGGCCAGUAUGAUGUCAUGUUUAUUGGAACAGAUGUCGGAACUGUUCUUAAAGUGGUUUCAAUUCCUAAGGAGACUUGGCAUGAUUUAGAAGAAGUUCUGCUGGAAGAAAUGGCAGUUUUUCGGGAACCAACAACUAUUUCAGCAAUGGAGCUUUCCACUAAGCAGCAACAGCUCUACAUCGGCUCCAUGGCGGGGGUGGCCCAGCUGCCUCUGCACCGGUGUGACAUCUACGGGAAAGCCUGUGCGGAGUGCUGCCUCGCCCGAGACCCUUACUGUGCCUGGGAUGGCUCCUCCUGCUCUCGCUAUUUUCCUACUGCAAAGAGACGCACAAGACGACAAGAUAUACGAAAUGGGGACCCGCUAACUCACUGUUCAGACUUACAACACCAUGAUAAGCACCACGGGCACAGCCUUGAAGAAAGAAUCAUCUACGGGGUGGAAAACAGCAGCACGUUCCUGGAGUGCAGCCCGAAGUCACAGCGAGCUCUGGUCUAUUGGCAGUUCCAGAGGCGAAAUGAAGAGCGAAAAGAAGAGAUUAGAGUGGAUGAUCAUAUCAUCAGGACAGAACAAGGCCUUCUCCUGCGUAGUCUACAGCGGAGGAAUUCAGGCAACUACCUGUGUCAUGCCGUGGAACACGGAUUUAUGCAAACUCUUCUUAAAGUGACCCUGGAGGUCAUUGACACAGAGCAUUUGGAAGAACUUCUUCAUAAAGAUGAUGAUGGAGAUGGCCCUAAGACCAAAGAAAUGCCCAACAGCAUGACACCCAGCCAGAAGGUCUGGUACAGAGACUUCAUGCAGCUCAUCAACCACCCCAACCUGAACACAAUGGAUGAGUUCUGUGAACAAGUUUGGAAAAGGGACCGAAAACAACGUCGGCAAAGGCCAGGACAUGCCCAGGGGAACAGUAACAAAUGGAAGCAUUUACAGGAAAAUAAGAAAGGUAGAAACAGGAGGACCCACGAAUUUGAGAGGGCACCCAGAAGUGUCUGAGUUUCAUUACCUCUAGAAACCUCAAACCAGUAGAAACUUGCUUAAGACAGUAACUGGAAAAAAUGCAAUAUACAUGAACUUUUUUCAUGGCAUUAUGUGGAUGUUUACAACGGUGGGAAAUGCAACUGAGUUCCACCAAUUAUAAAUUAAGUCCAUGAGUAACUUUCCUAACAGGCUUUCUUCCUAAUGCCAACACGUAAUAGAGGUCAGGUGAACACAGAUGUUCCCUGUAGCAGUCUUAACGUUUCCUAUGGGAUUUCACUGUACAGGUUUUGCUUUCUUUGCCUGAGAAAUAAAAAUGUCAUUUGCCAUAUUGCCAUCUAAAGAAGAAAAAUUGCAUCAGCAAAGCCAUUUUAUUUAACUAAAACUUUAAAAUAAACUGCAUGGAUUUACUAAGCUGAUGAAUAUUCCAAAAUGUGGUUGGAUUCAUGGAUAUUUCUGUCUACCAGCACUCCCGUUUAUAUGUACUGGAGGAGUAAAAUGAUACUGAAUGAAAUGGUCUGUGGAAAUAUGAAAAACAUAAACCAUCCAUCAUCCAGAAGAAAAAUGGAAUACACUGAUCUACUACUGAUGUCUUCUUUCAGCUUUGAUCUAAAGAUGUAUUUUAUUAAAACUAUAAUUUAAAUGUACCAUGACAAAUAUGCAGUAAAAUUUAGCUCUUUCCUAAGCUAGAGUAGGUUUUUGUCUUACAAUUAUUGUGCUAUAUAGUUUUUGCUUUAAAAAUACCAAUUCUGUGCUGCUUUCUUUUUAAAAAUUUUGUUUUCUGUUCUGCAAGAAGGAGAGCCAAUAAUUCUGUUUUAGAAAUAUAUACACAUCAUUAGAAGUUAAUUCCUAAAACCUGGAUAAAUUAUGUUUUAUUUUUCUGGGGUUUCAAACAAAUAACACUUCUCCUUCUUUAAGUAUUACCUAAAUUAACGUUAAUCUGCAUAAUGUUCUUGGAAAAAUAGAGCAUUUAAUCCCCCCCAAAAAGGGAAGAAAAAAAUGAUAUAUUAAAUGCAUUUUGUUGUAUUUAAUGAAUAAAUGAGGGGAAAAGGAGCUGCAUAUUUCUUAAAAUUAAUAAGCAUUAUCUUAAUAUAAGGUAGAAAAUGUCUCUUAAUUCUGAGCUUGAAUCCCUGCAUGAUAUUUGAGACAUAAGAAUUCUCGCUCAUGAUUCCAUUAGGAAUUACACCUGUGCCACCUAAUUUUUUUUAAAAAGAGAAAUCAGUAAUAUUAAGAACACUAUCUUAAAAGCAAAUUUCUUAACUCUGUUUACAUCUGUAUCAACUGCCUCUUAUUUCUCAUUAAUAUAGUUAUGUCUAAAGAACAUUAAUUCUUUUCAUGUCAGUGGGAGUGACUUUUAUACAAACUGUUUUCCAAGACACAAUCCACACUUAAAACAUGUAAAACUCUUUGUCUCUUGCAACAACUUAUAAAAUAAGGUAAUGAUUAUUAACUACGCACUUGCCUGCUUUAUUGUCCUAAGAUGAUUCCUUGAGAGUCAUUGACUUCAAGGCACAUAGAACCAUCAGCAUUACAGUAAUUUCUUUUGCACUGCAUUCCCCUUGCCAGAAAUCCCUCCGUAGGCCCUUCAACAUGCACAAAAAUGCAAAAGAAGCAUCCUAUUGCUGCUGAAGGAAAGCAGCACUGAAAUUCUAACUCUGCCUUGGGAUUCUAAUGAACUCAGCUUUCACUUCUCACCUCAGACUACAGUGAAUUUUCUAAAAUUUCUCUAUCAGCUGAAAGUUUUCACAAAUUGAAGCUCAUGUUACAGUUUUAAUGAUUAUGUUGAAUAAACAAUUUGUUGACACUUGUUUCAAAUGAAAGCCUAAAAAUAUUCAACCAUUUUAGGCUCCAUUGAUGAAUACAGUAUUACUUUUAGAAGUACAUCCUCUAAUGCUAUCUGAAUUUUAAAUUAUUUGAAGAACACACUCAUAUAAAGAGAAAAAAAGUGUAAAAGGUAAAUCAAAGAACAAAGAGUAUUCCAAAAAUAGGUCAUUCUUUUAUUUUUAUAGAGUAUCUUAACUGUACUAAAAUUGGGUGUUGCAUUUCAUUCUAUAUUUGCAACUGAAACAAAUUUAUUCUCAAUAACAAAAGUAUCUUAUUUCUUAUUAGUCUUCAAAAAUAAAAGAUUUGAAGGGCUAGAGAUAAUAAUUUCGGGAUGUCUUCCAAUAUCUCAAUGUAUUUUGUUUAGCAUUGUGAAAUACCCAUGGAAAGAAAGUCUAGACUUUAAAAGAAAUAAAAACUAACAAAUCUACUGGCAUGUCUUUAUGAGCCAUCAGGUCUAAGUUUUCAAAGACAAUUAUGGAUAUGACUUGCAGGUAAAUAACUCUUAUUACAGUUACAGUCUUCUGCCAAUGUGUACUGACAGGGGACAGGUUGCACGAAAAAUAAUGUCCCAUUCAAUUUAGCUUGAUAGACUGAUAUAUGCACGGAUCAUCAGAGCUGAAACCAAGUUAAGAGACUCCUGUGUCCUUAAGCAAAUUAUGAUGGCAGUCUUAAGGUAGGCAAAGUGUACAUUGCAGCAGAGAAAUUAUGGCCCAGUUGAAAUGAAAUGUAAAAUGUAAAUGCAUGUAAAUGCACAUUUAAUAGUACUUUUUAUGUAUUAACUUAGUGAUUUUCAAUGGUAUGUGCUUAAUAUUUUUGCUACCUACACAUUAGGCAAAGAGAUGUAAAUAAUUUUGAAAAGAAGACGAGUGUACAAUGCAACAUUGUAGAGGUACUCUAUUUCAGUGUGUUCAACAUCCCCGGAAAAUGCCAGAAUUCCCGCCCGGGUGACAAGGUGGUUUAAGUGCUAUUUAAGGGCAGGAGGUGUGUGCCCACUCAGUAAGCAUGUUUUUUUCCAGGUGGUACACAUGUUCCGUAUCUGUAUUUAUCAUUGCAUUUCAGAUGGGAACUACAAAACUGGAAAGAAAAUGUAAUGAAACUGCUGCUGUAAAUUAUUCCUUUCAGCAUGUAUUCAGUUGCUAAAUACACAUUUCUUCAAAACAUUUGAA